UGCCUUUCCUAUUCUUAGGUAUGACUAGUCACGUUUCAUCACUUUUAUUAUUGUGUAGCUUAAUAGCAUCUAUAGCCACGUUUUACCACAAGAUCUGCCAACGAAAAGUUUAUAUAGUGGAUUUUGCAUGUUAUAAACCUGAUCCUGCAUGCAUUUGUACCAAGGAGCUGUUCCUUGAGAAAUCAACUUGCAGCGGGCGUUUCCAUGAUGAGAGCAUAGAUUUUCAAAGGAAGAUUAUGGAUAGGUCUGGAUUUGGCCAAAAGACUUAUGUGCCUGAGUCUUUAUUGGAGACCCCACCAAACAUUUCCGGAGCUGAGGCAAGGAAAGAGACAGAAUCUGUGAUUUUUGGUGCCAUUGAUGAGCUUUUGUUGAAGACAAAUGUGAAGGUUGAUGAUAUAGGAAUUCUUGUAACGAACUGUUGUCUAUUCAAUCCAACACCUUCCCUCAGUGCCAUAGUUGUCAACCAUUACAAGCUUAAGCAUAACAUUUUGAGCUAUAAUCUCAGUGGUAUGGGUUGCAGUGCAGGACUUUUGUCCAUAGAUCUCGCCAAACAACUCCUACAGGUACAUCCCAACUCUUAUGCCUUAAUUGUGAGCACUGAAAACAUUAAUAGUGGGUGGUACAUGGGAAACAACCGGUCCAUGCUUGUGACCAAUUGCCUUUUUCGAAUGGGUGCUGCAGCAAUCUUGCUCUCAAACCUUUCUUCUGAUUCUUGUCGUUCCAAAUAUUCUCUCAGCCACAUUGUACGCACCCACAAAGGCUCUCAAGAUGAUUGCUACAAUUGUAUCAUUCAAAAAGAAGAUGAAACACAGAGAAUUACUGGUGUUGCACUUUCCAAAGAUUUAAUGAAUUAUGCUGGAGAUGCUCUUAAAGCUAACAUCUCAACUCUUGGGAAAUCUGUCUUACCCUUAAUGGAACAACUGAAAUUUUUGUCAACUUUUGUUGCCAAAAAAUACUUCAACAAAAGAAUGAAACCUUAUACCCCAGAUUUUAAGUUAGCUUUUGAGCACUUCUGCAUUCAUACUGGUGGAAAAGCUGUGCAAGAUGGGUUACAGAAAAUACUUGAAUUGAGUGAUUGGGAUUUGGAGCCUUCAAGGAUGACUCUUUAUAGGUAUGGCAAUACAUCAAGUAGUUCGGUGUGGUAUGUAUUAGCAUAUUGUGAGGCCAAGGGAAGGAUUAAAAAGGGUGACAGGAUAUGGCAAAUUGCAUUUGGGUCUGGAUUCAAGUGCAAUAGUGCAGUUUUGUGUGCACUAAGAAACAUUGAUCCCACCAAGGAGAAGAAUCCAUGGACAGAUGAGAUUCAAGAAUUUCCUGUUAAUGUUGCAAAUUAAAAGUGGGGUAUGUUUAAUGAAAGCUAUUAAGUAUGAUUAAGACUACUGAAUUAAAUGUCAUAUAUAGUAAAAAAGAAUAAUGGUCUGCAAUAUGUAAAAUGGCAUGGCCUCUGAUUUGUUCAAAGGUAAG